UGAAAGGCUGAUUUCUGAUGCUUUUGAGAACUCUUUGAAGUGUGUAUCUGUGUGUGUGCUUGAGCUUAUGAACUGAGUUUGAAAAGAUACACAAAUGUCAUCAGAACGUGUGAUCUCAUAAAAAGUACCCAUGAUUUAAACACACACACACAAUGUGUAUUGGUUUAUAAUUGCUAAUUGUUUUCUUACAGAAACAUAUUUUUCCUAUUCUUUGUGAUCAUUUAAUAAUUUUGAUUCACUCAAGUUGAUUAGUGGAAUAGUUCAUAAACUUUAGCAAAAUGCUGUAAUUAUAACUGUGAAGACACAUUUUCUAGUAAUGAAUCCAAAUGUUUUUUCAAUGUUCUUAUUCAGACAACUGAAUAAGAAGACUUAUUAGAUAACAUUUAAAUGGUAAGGUGAAAAUGUUAUGUAAUAUGAAUCAUAAUCUUUUUUUUUCGUGGUUGUGUGCUUCCGGUUCAUACUUGCUGAAGGCAAACCUAACAUGGUUUUAAAAAAAAUAGUUCUCAGGCUUAUUGACCUUUUAGCAUGGUAAACUCUCGCACUUACAACCAAAAUGAACUGUUCCCCAUUGAAAUAUACUGUAUGAUUUUACAGAUUCUUCUGUGUUUUAAAAUUGAUUAAAAAAAUAGUGCUGGCUCGAAAUUUCAUAUAACAUUCAGAAUGUGGCUUUCAAAAUAGUUGCCAUCUUCAGUGUUAUACCUUAUUUAAGACUGGUGACGUUCAACCACAACUUUCCACUGACUGUAUAUAAUCACUGAGCAUUUCCGUGGUUGUGUCUUUAAGGGGAGACUUGAUCAGCACUUUGAUAAAAAUAUUAAAGAUCAUUAUAAGAAGGGAUUUGAAAAUCGAACUAAUUUGUGUGAGUUUCUGAAGGCAUCAUGUGGAUUAUACACCCUUUGUUUCUUAUUACUCUUUAUAUGUUUCUCUUCAGUGUGCUGGCAGAUAACAACAAUAAAAAUGCAGGAAGCACACCUUGUGAAUAUCUUCAACCGCUGAUGUACGGCAUCAUUUGUUUCCUCGCUGUCAUAAUCCUCAUUCUCCUGAUACUUCUGUUUAAAAUGUUCAUCGCGAUGCAACGUGCCAUUAAAAGAGUCACUAUCCACACAACCAGCGAUACGAGAGAAUCAACUGCUUUGUGUCAAAACAAUGAAUUAUGUGUCUCCCCUACUUCAGGCGAUGGUGCAGCUAAUUCAUCUUCCUCUACUAGUUCUGGGACUCCUGACGGCUCGCUGUCAGAUCUUUCCACGACCUCUCAACGGUACACAAGUCUUGAAGACCGUCGAAAGACUUCUGACUACAUAAAUGUUUCAGAAACUACUGCCCUUGGACUAAAAAUGGUUAAAGACUAUGCGAAUGUGAAAGAGGCCCAACAGAAAAGAUUGAAAAGAGAAGGCCAGAUUAACGGUGAUGACGGUACGACAAGUUUGAGCAGCGAUGAUUCUGGUCUAAAUUACUCCAAGGUUGUCUUUACUAAGACAGAGAAGUAAAAGCUGUAUUAAGUAAAAAUCAUAAAAAUAGGCUUAAAAGGAUCAGUCUCUCAGAAAUGAAAAUUAUGUCAUCAUUUACUCAACCUCACGUUGUUUCCUCCUCCUGGGGAACAAAAAAUAUAUAUAUUUGGAAGAAUGCUUUCACCCAUGCAAUUAAAAAAUCUCUGGGAUUUAAAAUAACAUUUCAUUUACAUAGACAAAGAUAUAUAAAAAUCUUAUUUUAAGUAAGUCUUGCCAUUUUGGAACAACAUGGGGGUCAGUGAAUAAUCAGGUGAAUUUUCCAUUUAAUUUUCUUUUAGAUUCAAUUAAAAAUAUUGAUUUAGUUUAUUUUAUAUGAAAACGUAAAAUAAAUUAAAAAAGGUUGCCAUGAACAGAAGUAAUGGGAUGCAUUUUUAUUUUUCCAAUGCAUUUUUGGGUGUGCAUUUUAGUGCGUUUUUCAGAUCAUAAACCACCACAUCCUGACAGGAAGGAACCAGACAUGCAUCUGUGAAAGUCUUACAGUAAUAAAUAACUACUCUAAAUGUGCAGUCAUCAAAUGCUGUACUGUGAUAACAAACAUGCCCCUUUUCAACAUCGACACUUUAUGCUUUUCCACCACCAAGCAUCAUUUUUUUCUUUUAGGGCCCGAGGGAAACCAUAAAAAAAAAAAACCUCACAUGAUGUAAUGCAAAAUCUCUCAGGAACAUUGUUAUAAAAUGAUCAUUUUGAAAUAUAUCUUAUCCCAGAUGUAUCCCAGUACCAUCACGUUUAAUAUUUGAUAUUUACAGGUUUAAUAUUUUAGAUUUAUGUCACAUCAAAAUGGCGAUAUUAUGGUGAAUCCCAUCAACUUGCAUUGCCAGUGUCCCACCACUUGGUGGUAUCAACAGCUCUGCAUGUGUUACUGGUGAUGGAGUAAACAUUAUGAAGUCUUUUAGGAUGUGAACUUUGUGUUAAAAUGUGGUGUCAUUUGUUGCUCACUGAAACAAAUUCAGUGUUAACUGUUGGUGGUUGAGAAGAUUCCCCCCUUCUAUGCAAAGCACUUUGAGUACCCAGAAAAGUGCUACAUAAAUGUAAGGAAAUAUAAUAUCAUUUUAAGCCAAAUUCUAACCACAGAUUGCAAUAUCUGAUCACCACAGACUCUGAAAAUAACCUAAAGGGACUAUAAAAGUCACCGUCUUUAUUCCGAUAAGACACAGAUGUUUAAAUAAUUCGAGGAGACAUCCAAGUUCCAAGAAACGCUUCUAUUUUGAGUUAGCAUUUGAAUUGAAUUCAUUACAAAUUAAGUUGUGUUUUGCGGCGCUCCUUUCAGGUACUGCGCAGAGACUGCUUUAAAUUCAACUUCCAGAAUGGAAUAAUUGCAGUUCAGUUAACUUAAAGUGCAUGUUUUUGCAAAUCUUGUGUCAUAGAAGCUUUGCAACAAACACGCCGCCUGCAUGUGGUUCUGUUUGAGAUUGAAUUACAGUUCAUUCCAUAACAGAUGCUGAAGUUGAAGAGUCUUCCAUCUUUAGUGGCAGGGCAAAAAAAAGAAAUGCUGUUGCAUUGCUCACAUCCGACUAAUAAUGGCCUUUGAUCUGUCUGUUUCAUUAAAUACUCGGCUGCGAGCACAUCACGUUGUUAGUCCAAGAUAGAUUGUUCUUAAUAAAUUCAGAAUGAAACCAACCCUUUUUCUUUAUAUAAAAAAGUGUCAUUGUCACAUAAUCAAACAUAUAAUUUCAAAAGUGUUUUUUUCGCAGGCAGUAAAAAGAAAUUGACUAUUGCACAAUGCAAGGCAAUGAUACAGGGAGGAUUCCAGUCAUUUUUUGGCACAUCCACAGGGGUUUGGUCUGUGAAAUUUGGUGGUUUGGUUAAACAACAGCACUCUGUUUUCAGGAAUCCCCACUUAAAAUCUAUUCUCCUAAACCGUAUCAUAAAAACAUUAAUUCAAGAUUCUGACAUUUAAACCCAAGCUUUGCACAAAGUUUACUUAGUGGUAAUCUAUCCAUUGCUAAUAAGCCAGUGUAAUCGAAUUAGGUUGUAAAACUGAAAUAACUAAUGACAGAAAGGGGAAAACAAAGAACAGUGGUUGUAAGCUGUCAUUAAAAUGUCUUAAUAGCUCUGUUUGAUGUUGAAGUCUUUAGUAUGUAAACAGUAUUACAAUCACUUCAUGAUCAAAAAAAAAAAAAAAAACCUGGAAUGUGUUUAAUUUCUUGUGUGCAAUGAACAUUUAACCACUGAAACCAUACACCAAUAAACUGCUCUUGCCUUAUUACCAAA